AAUCAGACAUUACUUGACAAUUCUACAAGCCAGAGCUGCUGAAAUUAAUAAUACACUUUUUUAACUUGGUAUAAUUUCCUAGUUAUAUUUUGAUAUGAAAUUAAUUACCUUUGUCAUCGUAGUUUUUACCGCGUUAUUGGGAAAUACGCAAAGUGUGGAAGGUCACCCAACCAAUUUUACGACCAAUGGGAAAGGAAUAGAAAACAAUAUUCUAAUCGUUGGCGGAGAACCAGCGAAUAUAGAAGAUUUUCCAUACCAGGUUUCCCUUCAAUUCAAUGGGGCGCAUUUUUGUGGAGGAUCACUCAUUUCUCCAGACCGUGUUCUGACAGCAGCGCAUUGCACCAAUGGCAAAGAGGCUAGCACUUUAAGUGUUCGGGCCGGAUCCUCUUACCAUAAAGCAGGCGGGCAAGUAAUCAGUGUGAAAACAAUAUGCCAGCAUCCGCUCUUCAAUUCACUCCUUAUGACUUAUGACGUGUCAGUCCUGACCUUAGAGUCAAGUUUCGUGUUGGGUCCCGCAGUGCAGACGAUAGCUCUGGGUUCUUCGAGGCCAAUUGCCGGAACACCUGGCACGGUUACUGGCUGGGGACGUCUUUGGGAUAAUGGCCCAAUACCUGCCCUGCUGCAAGUAAUCCAGGUUCCAGUGGUCCAUCAGUUACAGUGCGCGACUGGAUAUCUUCCCAAGCUAAUAACAAAUACGAUGAUGUGUGCAGGUUUCCUAGGUGUAGGCUGGAAAGACGCUUGUCAAGGUGACUCUGGAGGGCCUUUUGUGAUGGAAGGUGUUCAAUUUGGAAUUGUAAGUUGGGGACAACCGAGUUGUGCCGACCCAAACUACCCCGGGGUUUACACGUUUGUUGGGAGCGUGCAGAAUCACAUUGAUGCUUGUUAAUAAUUUUCGAUCGUGGGGAAUAUUAAAAAAAUAAAGUGAAAUUAACCAAUUGAA